ACGAAAGUAGCAUGUUCACGCCCUUUGGCGAAAUUGAAAUUGAUCCUAUCGCUGAUUUUUAUUCUUUUUAUAAAACUACUUAUGAAUAGUUGAAUUAGGUGUAACAUUCAGGAACCAAAACUAUUAAAGUGGUACAACAGUGACCACGUACAACAUUAUGGCAGACUGUGACAUCACCAGCGUGUCAAAGUUGGACUGCAGUAUUUGUUUGAGCAGAUUCAAAGAUCCCAAGUUGCUGACAUGCUUUCAUACAUUCUGUUUGCAGUGUUUGGAGGAAUAUGUGAUAAGAACUGGGGAAAAUGGAAAGUUCGAAUGCCCAUUAUGUCGCACAAGCAUGGCAAUACCAGUGGGUGGAGUAAGGACAUUUCAAUCAAAUUUCUACAUUGAAGUUGAGGGUUUAUCUGAGACCAGUGUUGACUGUGAUUUGUGUGGAAAUGGACAGAAAUCUAGUCACUAUUGCAUUGAAUGUGAAGAGCAUUUCUGUGAAAGAUGCGCUGUUGCGCAUUCUAAAAUGAAAAUAACACGAGAUCAUAAAAUGGUUCAGUUGAAUGACACUAAUGGGUUUUUGGGGGGGAAUCGUCAGGGGGGGAAUUGUCAGAGGGGGAAUAGUCUUGGGGGGGAACUGUCUGGAAUUCACACUAAUGCAGCUGAAAAUUUCUCAAGAAAAGUGCAAAAGAAGUCAUACUGUCCACAUCAUAAUGGUGAAGAAAUAAAAAUGACAUGCAAGGAUUGUAAUGUUCUUUUGUGUGUUGUUUGCAAACUCACUGAACAUGAAAACCAUUGCACUGCUGGAAUUGCCAAAGAGGCUUCAGAGAGGCGUACACUGCUAUCGCAGAAACUUGCUGAAACACAAAGUACAAUUAAAAGCCUGAAACUUACCAUUGGUAAAGUAGAAAAGUGUGCAGAUGGAAUUCAGAAAAAACUUGAAAAUGAUGUUAAAGAAAUAGACGAACGUGUUGAACAAAUUGUGAAACAGAUAAAAGAUGAUUCAGAGAAGAUGAAACAGAAUCUGCGCAUAAGUUGUACAGAGGCAUUAGUUUAUUACGUACAGCAAAAGAAAAUGUUACAUGAGAAGGUCAAUGAAGGAGAUGCAGUUGUAACUCAUGCACAAAAUGUUAUAGAUGUAGGAGAUGAUAUAAAUGUUCUAGAUACCUGUUUGCUGACUAAAUUGAAUUACAUGAAAGCAACUGGAGAAAAGAUUUCAGUGAAAAACAUGACCUAUUUAACAUUUAAAGCAAGUAAAUCUACAAAUGCCCCAUACCAGAUUGGAAAGAAUAUCCAGACAAAAAAUGGCUUAAGUGUUCACAAAGAGAGUACAAUCUUAAACGAAGCCAUAGGAUUAGGAAACACAAUUCAGAAUAAUGUGCUGGCAGUGUCAACUGAAAACAUUUUUGGAGCCUUUCUUGACUUCUCAGAAUUACUUCAACACAAGAUAAGUAGUCAGGCUACUGAAACACAGCAACCUUUAAUUGAAGGCAUAGAUAAAGGAACUGUCUCUGGUCUUACCCUGGUUGAACGUGACGUGUGCUAUUUUUCACAUUUAACUUCUAAGUCUGUGUAUAAACUUGUUGGAAAGCAAUAUGGAAAGAAAGUCAGCAAGUUGAUAAAUUAUCCUUUUGGACUAGCAUAUAGAGUGAUGGACAGUAUUAAACAACUCCUUGUCUGUGUUCAAGACACUUCAAAAUAUUGUAAGACAUUUGAGUCUAGUUCUAGUUCUUCAGCAGGCUGUGUCAUGGCAGUCCCUAUUAACAUAACAGGGGAGAACUAUGUAUGGCGGGACAGAGAAAUUCCUGGUCCAACUUGUAUCGCAGUCAGUGAGACAAAUGGACUAAUUUGCCUGGGUUACCCUACUUCUAGAAAAGUAACGCUUAAUUCUCCAAACGGCAGUUUGCUAUCAGAAUUCACUGGUGAUAUGGAUUUCGGAAGUCCAGAAAAAUUUUGUCCAACCAGUGUUUGCUUUGAUAAAGACAUGGGAAUUAUUAUUGCUGACUAUGGAAAUGACGCAGUGAUAAGAACUGAUGGCACUGGAAUCUUUUUACAGUGCUUGAUAAGGGGAAACAAACCUCUGAGUGUUGCUGUUGGGAAGAAUGGUAGUUUGUAUGUCGGGUUUAUGCUGGAAGAUAUAACACAGUACCAGCUGAAAGCUCAAGAUACUCUCUGAAUUUCAUAUGACAUGAAGAGUAUAUACACUGCUAUACAGGAAUAUUUGUUAUAUGGAGUAUGACAUAGAAAAAAGAUCCUGAUGUCACUUUUAGGCGAUGAAUGACUUUUCUUAACAAAAUUCAUCACAAUGUCAUGUUUGAAACAGUGAAACAGCCAUUACGUAAUUCUAGAAUAAUUACAGCAGUGUAAUAAAGCUUUGAUGUUGACAUUGUUUUAAGCUUUGAAACAACCCCUUGGGUGAAUUAUUUUUUUUUUUAGUUUAUUUUUAGUCCUCAUAUACCUUGGUUUAUCAUAAAGAAUAUACCAAACUAUUCAUAGUAAGUAGAAGAAACUGUCAUCAAGACAGAUAAUUCUUUAUUGAACAGGACUUUUUGUCCUAUGACUGUUCAUGUUCUUUUUUGUAGAAGAUAUGAAGCUUCUUUUUCAAAAGUAUUUUGUCAUUACUUUUUCUUAAAUAUAUGUUCAGGUACUCCGGGAGUUGAGAGUGUUACAAACAAUAUACAUUUAAAAAAAUGCAAAAGUUGCAAAAUGAAAGUGAAAGUAGAGCUGUCAAAAUGACAACGAUGCUGCAAUAUUUCAAAAAAAUAUAUAAGUUAACCUUUAGCCUGCUGGUGGCAAGUGAUUCUGCCUUUGCGACCAGUGCAGAUCAUGAUCAGCCUGCAUAUCCAUGCAGGCUGAUCAUGAUCUGCACUGUUUGCUAUUCAGCUAGUAAAUUUUCAGUGAAUACCCCUUCAAAUGAUAUAUGGUAUUUCCUGAAUUGAAUGAUGGACCAAUCCAUUUUAGAAAUUUAGCAGGUUAAAGGUUAAUCAAUUUAUUUCCCAGAGUAUUGUCAGUGAGUAUUGACCUGGCACUCAUGAAUAUUCCGUAUGUUUCCGUAAAUUAAUUUCUGUUUCCGAACAUAAAUACCGAUAUACUGUCGCAUGUGCAGGUAGCUGUGUGGACAAAGCGUUUACCUGCCAAUAUCAGAGUUGUGGGUUCGAGUCCUACGACUUACCAUAUCUUUUUUUCCCAAAUUUUAGAUGCAACCUUACCACUUAUUUGAUCAAACGUAUCGUGAUAUGUAUGGUUCAUUUAUUAAAAGUUAUCAGAUUUACCCGAUGUAAAAAAGUGGAAUAAAAUUGUUUUAAAAGUAUCUUAGAUAAUUACCUGUCACCAGCAUUCCAGAAAAUAAAUACUUCAAGAGAAAACAAUUAAAAUUCAUGAAUUAUGAUACAUGAAAUAAUGUAAAAAUAAAACGGGUAUCGAUAACAUUACAGUAAAAGAAUGAUCUGGGGUGGUUUUGAAGCCGUGGUAGCUUGAGUGGAAGUCAGACACCUUACCACUAUGCCAUCGUGUCAUUGCUUAACUGUGAAUGCUAUUUUAGUAAUAUAGACUUUUUCAGGAUACAAAUAUUGCGUAAAUUAACGAAAACGGCCGAAAAUAUUGGCGAAGAUUAAUGAGUGCCAGGUCAAUACUUAUGGACAAUACCUAGGUAAAUAUGUUAGAUACACAACAAAAACAAAUUUUGAGAUAAAAAAUAUGUUUGAAAAAGAAGUUUGGUAUUUUCUACAAAAUAGAAUGUGGACAGUCAAAGUACAUGUGUUGUAAUACAAAAUACAUGUUACCGGAUAAAGUGCUCAGCAGAGCCUCGCAUUUUAUCAUUUCAUUCAACUUGUGUUAAUAAAUUCAGUAUGAAAAGACACUAGUGUAAUAACCUUUAUAUUAUCAUGAUUAUAUUCAAUAAUUAAUGGG